UCCAAUGACAUUUCUCGUCGAGUCGACGUUUUGUUUUUUUUUUUAACAAGCAGAAAAAGAAAAACUUCUCAACAGCUUCAUUUUGAAGAUUAAAUCUUCAUUCCUUUUACUUGCAACUGCAACAAAAUAGAUGUUUCACUGAGAUAAAAUCAUCGAAAAACUUUUAAUUUAGAAAACUAAACCUCCAAUAAACAUGAUUAAAGCGAUUUUAGUGUUCAACAAUCAUGGCAAACCUAGGCUUUCAAAGUUUUAUCAGUAUUUUAAUGAAGACAUGCAACAACAGAUAAUAAAAGAAACAUUUCAACUGGUGUCGAAACGCGACGACAAUGUUUGUAACUUUUUAGAAGGUGGAAGCUUGAUUGGAGGUUCAGACUAUAAGCUUAUCUACAGGCACUACGCCACACUUUAUUUUGUUUUCUGUGUUGAUUCGUCCGAAAGUGAGUUGGGCAUCUUGGACCUGAUUCAGGUGUUUGUCGAAACACUCGAUAAAUGCUUCGAAAAUGUAUGCGAACUUGAUUUGAUAUUCCACGCUGAUGCUGUGCACCAUAUUCUUGCCGAAUUGGUGAUGGGCGGUAUGGUGCUGCAGACAAAUAUGUCUGAUAUCUUAGCUAGGAUAGAAGAACAAAACAAAUUAGUUAAACAAGAGGCUGGUUUAUCAGCAGCGCCGGCUAGAGCAGUAAGUGCAGUUAAAAGUAUGAACAUUCCACAGCAGAUAAAAGACAUCAAACUCCCAGAUUUGCCUCAAGCCAUUAAAGACUUGAAAUUCUGACCGGGCCACACUGGUUUCGAUAACGUAGUCCUCCAUCGCUUUGCGUCCUCCUCACAAAAUGUGUAUUUCCCAAUUGAUUCGAACAUCUCAUCGUCGGCAUUCAAUUAUGAUUAUUAUCAAUCCCAGACUCCGAUGGAUAAUGAUAAAUCAAUGUCCUCAUCAUUGAUGUUAUCACAAUCAAAGAAGCCGUCAUCAUCUGGGCCAUCCAAAUCGAGUUCUCAUCCAUUGGGUUUCUUCGAUUCAAACGAACAAAGUGAACCAUUGCGUUCUCUAUCAUCCGAUUUUACCUCCCAUCAUCAACAUCAUCAAUCGUCAUCUAACCAGGAAAACAAUAAUCCAAUGUCAAUUUUGGGAAUAAACAACAUCAAUGCCGAUGGCACAAACUUCUAUAAAAAGUACACAUAAAGUUAAAACAACAAAAAAAAAUAAAAUCUCACAGCCAAAUUAUAGGAGGAGGACUUCUUUUUAUUUUUUUAUUUUUUUCCUUGCAUUAUUAAUUUUAUUUUAUGACUUUAUUAGAAGCUAAAAGCUAUUUAAAUUUAAGAACUUUAAAAAUGAAUCAAAAAUUAUAGAAGACAUAUUUAUAUAUUAUCUAAAUCUAACUUUUAAAAGCAUUUUUAUUUUAAUUUUUUUGUAUACUAUCUUCGAUAUAAAGCUGACAAUUUUCUUGAUAGUA